UUGCUGUGGGGAACUUGGGGAUGAGACCCCUCAGCGCACUGCCUAUAUAUCCGACCUUUCCUGCCUCUCGCUCGCUCUCUGUUCUUCUCACCAUACCCAACCCCUCUCUUUCAAGCGAUGACCUGACUGGAACUCUUCUGCCUUCUUCUCGCUCAAACCACCCCCGGGGCUCUCGGAUCCCAUCAGCCUUGCCAGUCGUGUGUGUCUUGUCUCUUGUCUUGACCGGUCAAGCCUGACCAGGCAGACAUGAUACAGCCUUCUGAUCGUAUACGUUUAUAAUCCAUGAAUGAAAACAGAGCCGUGUCCAUUUCUUCAUAUAUAAAGCUGGCCACCUCUCGAUACUUGGACGAAUAUAUUUAUGAAACCUGCUCCAUUCAAUUCUUCUGAAUCACCACAGCUAUUAGUCAUACCAGAGUCCAUUAGGAAAAAACAUGUCUGCCGACUGGUCACUUGACUUCUGUCUGGUCUGUGACCAACAGACUUCUGGAGCAGGACCUUACUGCUCUCAGAGCUGCCGACUAGCCGAUCUAGAUCAAAAUGGCUCUGAAUCGUCCGUCUCGAGCUAUCCCGUCUAUCUGUCUUCUAAAUCCACGCUGCAACCGAAGACGAGCUCAUCCAGUACUGCCGGUCGACAGAGUAUCGGCAAACGCACCACUUCUUCCUUCUCCUCCACAAGUUCGAAUGAUCAGUCAUCAAGCCUGACGUCGACGUCGUCUCAGACCUCACUGUCAUCACUCACAAGCACAUUAACUCCGUCGGCGGCGCUUUCGAAUCAAGUUCGGCAUGAACUGCAGGAUUAUUCAAAAAGUUUUGAUCAAGUCCGAGACUGGAAGAGGCGAUUAACGAAUUCAUGAACAUAUCCUUUCUGUUGAGCUUGGUCAUAACGACGGCAUACCAACACAAAACUUCUUUUUCGGCGUCUGGGUUGGCUUUACCUAUUACGGGCGUUUUCAGGAAUCUCGCAUAUCACACGUGUCUCGAAUAUCCGGCUAGCGAUCUUUCAUGUCGUCGACAUCAGCAUCACGACACAUUAUUAUAGACGGAGGCUGAACUGUAACAUCAUAUCAUCUCAUCAUCCUUGACCACAUGGACUAUCCGGUAAAACAGUCACGGAUACUGGUCUCGAUCAUUUUCUCGGGUUCUCGAAACCAGGGUUAGGGUUCUAUUCAGCGAUUGGCGGUUUUUCUUUGCAUUUGUUUGAUCAGUUUGGAAGAUAUCAUUCACACGACUUGAUUAAUGGACCUAGAGACAUGAAUAGGAGCACAUGCCGAGCCAUAUCAUUUGCGCAACUCCAAUCUCGGGCCGAAAGGAGACGAGCAAGUUCAGCAUUGCUCCACUUGAUCGGCACGGAGGCUGUUGCCCUUGAUUGCUCUAGCUUUUGCAAGUCUCGUGUUUACUAUAGUAUCAUAUAACAUGAAUAUAUAUGAUCACUGGUGUUAGCUCUUCCGUACCGGAUCCCGUGUAGAAUAUAUGCUAUCAAGAGGCUGAGUUGCUGCUGGCUACGGGAUGUAGAAGUACGUAUGG